GGGGGAGGGGCAACAGCUGGGGCCAAGAUCAUGCCUGACAGGGAGAGGUUUCCCGGGCGGCAGAGGACGCUGGGCUUGGGAUGAAAGAAGCAGGGCAGAUGCAAAAUCUAGAGAGCGCGGGGGCCGGGCGGUCAGUCAGCACGCAGACUGGCAGCAUGACCGGUCAGAUACCAAGGCUUUCUAAAGUCAACCUUUUCACUCUGCUGAGUCUCUGGAUGGAGAUCUUCCCAGCAGUAGAAGCCCAGAGGCAAAAACCUCAGGUGAAGAGAACUGGUCUUGUGGUGGUGAAAAAUAUGAAAAUUGUUGGUCUCCAUUGUUCUAGUGAAGAUUUACAUGCUGGGCAAAUUGCUCUUAUUAAACAUGGGUCAAGGCUGAAAAACUGUGAUCUUUAUUUUUCCAGAAAACCAUGUUCUGCUUGUUUGAAAAUGAUUGUAAAUGCUGGAGUUAACCGAAUUUCAUAUUGGCCUGCUGAUCCAGAAAUAAGUUUGCUUACUGAGGCUUCUAGUUCUGAAGAUGCAAAGUUAGAUGCCAAAGCAGUGGAAAGAUUGAAGUCAAACAGUCGGGCCCAUGUGUGUGUCUUACUUCAACCUCUGGUGUGUUAUAUGGUGCAGUUUGUAGAGGAGACCUCUUACAAAUGUGACUUUAUUCAAAAAAUUACAAAAACAUUGCCGGAUGCUAACAUUGACUUUUAUUCUGAAUGUAAACAAGAAAGAAUAAAAGAAUAUGAAACGUUAUUUUUGAUUUCAAAUGAAGAAAUACAUAAGCAAAUUCUGAUGACUAUAGGUUUGGAGAACCUGUGUGAAAAUCCAUACUUUAGCAAUCUAAGGCAAAACAUGAAAGACCUUAUCCUACUUUUGGCCACAGUAGCUUCCAGUGUGCCCAACUUUAAACACUUUGGAUUUUAUUGUAGCAAUCCAGAACAGAUUAAUGAAAUUCACAAUCAAAGUUUGCCACAAGAAAUUGCAAGGCACUGCAUGGUUCAGGCCAGGUUACUGGCCUAUCGAACUGAGGAUCAUAAAACAGGAGUUGGAGCAGUUAUUUGGGCAGAAGGGAAAUCUAGAAGUUGUGAUGGAACAGGCGCUAUGUACUUCAUAGGAUGUGGUUAUAAUGCUUUUCCUGUUGGAUCUGAGUAUGCUGACUUCCCACACAUGGACGACAAGCAGAAGGACAGAGAAAUAAGGAAAUUCAGAUACAUCAUACAUGCAGAACAAAAUGCCUUGACAUUUAGGUGUCAAGAAAUAAAAGCGGAAGAAAGAAGCAUGAUUUUUGUGACAAAGUGCCCUUGUGAUGAGUGUGUACCUUUAAUUAAAGGUGCAGGCAUAAAACAAAUCUAUGCAGGGGACGUUGACGUUGGAAAAAAGAAGGCAGACAUCUCUUACAUGAGAUUUAGGGAACUUGAGGGUGUUAGCAAAUUUACAUGGCAGCUGAAUCAAUCAGGAGCUUAUGGUCUGGAACAAAAUGAGCCUGAAAGGAGAGAAAAUGGUGUGUUGAUACCCACCCCUCUGCAUGAAGAACAGCACCAGAACAAGAAGCUGUGUCUUGGAAACUACAAAGAAGUCCGGGCUACGCUGGAGUGAAGGCCUCGCGAAUUUUUUAUUGCACUUUUAAAAUGCAGCCUUGUUAACUCAGAAAAUAAGAAUGGAUUUUGUGAAUAAUUGAGAAAUUUUUUAAAGGAAGCUAAUUUAUUACUAGGAUAUGAAUGAUGUUAACAAGAAUAUUUUUAUUUUAGAUUUGUUUGUUUCCCAGAAUAUAGUAGUGUGUUCAUUUAUUACACUAAAUGAAGUAGCAAUAACUUAAUGAGACUAAUGUAAUCACCUGUAGGGACUGAUUUUUAUUUAUCUUGACUUUAUACUUGCCAGUUUGAAAGGGGCUGUUUCACUGGAGGUCACACCUCAGCAGGGAAUUACACAGCUUUGAGAAAUAUUAAUUCCUUUGGAUUACAAGGAAGACAAUCAGUAAACUGCUCCAUGGAAAUAAAUGACAAUCUGGCUAUCUUUUAAAAGUCAGUGUAUCGCUAACCAAAAGGUCACAUUUUUACCUAAAGCUUUCUCAGAAUUUUCUUAAUUAGAAUUGACUCAGAAAAAUCAAGUUGGUGGACCUAGUCUCCAUCUUAAAAGCAUAUUUUUUAAAAGGUUGUUAGUUACUCUUAAAUCUUCUAAUAUGUAGAAAUCACAAUGACUUGUUGGGCUAGGGUGUUUUAUCACCAAUUUGGGGUAGCAAUGGGAAGAGAAUAUUAUUCUGAGAUAGUAUUGCUAUCUGAUAUCACUAAUAAUGAACCUCAAAUUUGGUUAUGAUGUUAACAGAGAAUAAAUAUUUUAGUCUGGAGUAUUGAAACUAGCCUUUUUAGAAUUCCAUUCAUAAAUACUUCCCCCCAUCUAAUUUUCCCCUCCAUUUAAUUAACAUGUAGUAUCUCACAGCUUGACCUUAAAAAUGAGGGCCUUUUAAGAACAUUUGCAAACCUCAAGAAUAUGGAAAGUCUUGAAAGUAGACAUUAUGGUUAUUUCAGUUACAUUCCAAAUUGCUCUUUGUGAUUUCUCUCAUUUUUAUUUCCUGAGAAACUUUCAGAAAAUUAGUUCAAAGAUGAAGGUCCAUGUUUUGUACUUUCCUAGAGUUAGGGAGGGGGUUGCUGCGGCCCAGGGCCCUCAGGCCUGGGGUGCAUGUCUUGAGACACAGCUGCCCUGGCUGUGUGGAGGGAGUCAGCUUUGCCUCUGCUUUUGUCCCCUUUCUUUCCAUGGCAUCACACACCCUCAUGGCGCUGCCUGUCAGUUUCUCAAAAUCACAUACAGGAUGAUCCAAAUGGUUACUGGAUCCCAGCUUAGGCAGCAGCCUGUUUAGAUCUACCGGGAGUCCAAAGUUGUCAUACCAGUUAACUGAGAACUGCCAUAAAGACUUUACACAGAUGUAGGUUAUGGAAUAAGGAGGGGGAGGAGGGGAGCUACCCUUAGAGAUAACUAAUGCUAAUCUGAAAACCACUAGUUAAGCUAUUCCUCAAUAUUUAUCAAACUGAGAUUGCUUACCUCCCAAAUCACUUUACUAUAUUAAUUCUUGGAUUUGUUAUUUUUUACUAACAUGUCAUCUACAUCAAAUUUUUUAUAAAACAAUCAGCACGUAUUUUGUAAGACCCCAAAGCCUGGUAUCCUGCUAGGUUUAUGAAUUUAGGUGUUGGGCAUUGGGUUGCGAUAUCAGAAGGGAGAAGCAUACGAAUGGGAAAGCUAUGAUGAGGAAAUGGAAAAGUGGUAUUCCCACAGCACUGUUAAAUGAUCCUGAUGAUGCCAUUUUUCUGCUAAACUAUCAGAUUUCAGUAACAAUUAUUGAGGGUUUACUGUGUAGCACCAGAAGAUCCAUGAAGGCAGGGAGAUUUUAUAUAGAUAUUACAUAUAUAUGUAAUUAUAUAUAUAUAUAUGUAAUUUUUAAAAAACUGCUGAAUCCCAGUGCCUAGAACAGUGCCUGGCACAUAACAGGCACUCAGUAAACUUUCGUUGAUUGAUUAAAUGGCUGCUAGACACUAUCUAGACCCUGGGAGGAGAUGUGCAGGAAAUGCUCCCUGAUCUUAAGAUGCUCACAGUUGAGUGGAAGAUACAAGCAUGGGAUCGAGUAUUUAAGAGAAAUAAUUCUCAGAUUGAGUCCCUGGACCAGCAGCGUCAGCAUCACCUGGGGACUUGUUGGAACUGCAAAUUCUUAGGGUCCACCCUAGACCUACUGAAGCAGAACCUUUGGGGGUGGGCCAAGCAAGCUGUGUUUUCACAGGUCCUCCAGGGGAUCCUGGGGACUAUGGCUGAGAACCGCCACUGUGGACACAACUAUGGGAACAGUGAAGGCACAAGAGGACGUGCAGACCCUCUGGAAGUCAUGGGAAGGGCCUUGUAGAAGAGGAGGUGCUGAGCAGGGUCCCAAGGUGGAGUCAGGGGGUUGCCAGGCAAACAGCAGGAUGAGAUGAAUUUCUGAAAGUCAUGGACGGUCACCAUGGGAGUGGGAAAGGAAAAUGACUAGGGACACACACAAGGACUGCUGAGCCCCACUGAGAGCACAGUUGGGUCUGCAGAAGCUGUGGGGAGCAAUGUUGACUCAGGCCUACUACUUCACAGUCAAGAGACAUCAUGCCUUAACCCGAGAAAUCAGAAUUUGCGUUUAAACAAAAAGUCCAGUGUCUUCCUUAAUUUUAAAGAUUGGGAGAAUAAUGGUAAAUUCAUAAUUUGUAAGAAUAGUGCUGCCAUUUGUUUACUUAGUGACAACAGAAUAUGUGAAACAUUGGCCUGGUUUACUUCCAAUCUGUCAUGCAUAGUAUACACAAGUUAAUGUAUGUUCAUUGUGUUACUGCUGAAGCUUUUUUUAAAAAUCUGGCUUUUCUGUGUGUUUUUCUUCCUCAACUCACUGAGUUUGAAAAUAUACCAUUCACUCAUAA